AACGCCAAGUGGAAGAGAGUGGAUAGACCUGACGGCACGUUUGACGUGGAGUUCACGUGCCAGCACGGGGAACAGGAGUGCAUCGGCAACAGGAUUCAUGACUGCGUGCUGUCCACCGAUCCAAUUGAUAAGACACUGGCUUUUGACGGGUGUAUAUUCCAGGCACCCGAUUGGAAAACACCUGCCAGUGCUGGCAAAACGUGUUCGGAGCAAUUGAAACACAAUUGGACGGCAAUUAACGACUGCGCGACCGGACCCUUAGGUAGAGGUUUGUUACUAUUGCACGGCGAGAGACACUCCACUACCAGUCCUAAGCCUACUUACGUCCCAUGGAUUGCCAUCAAUGGUGUUCAUAAUGAUGCCUUGCAGGAGCAGGCUCAGGGUAAUUUGCUCAAGCUAGUCUGCGAUACUUAUGAGGGCCAAAAACCAGCGCAAUGUAAUUCAGUUUAAAUUAUUUUAUUAUUCAAUCCUUUCGGGUGUUUCAACAUUAUUUGCAUAUAAAAAUAAAAAUUAUGAUUAAA